AUCCAAUCUCACCUCCUUCAUAUCCUCUCAAUCAGCGGGAAGCCGGAAAUGUCCACCACAAGUCACACGUGUUCGGUCUGUGGCCGUGGAUUCCUCCGACGUACCCAUCUGCUUAGGCACGAAGCCACCCACAGGAGCACACCGGGGCACCCCUGCCAAUUCUGCGGCAAGUCGUUUGUUCGCAGCGAUGUGGCUCGACGACACGCUCAGUCUUGCAGGGCCAGGAACGACCACGACGCUGUGCGCGCAUCAAAGAGGGGAAGAAGACGAGAAGCUUGCGACCAUUGUUUUAGCCACAAGCUUUCGUGCGAUAAGAAGAAGCCUUGCGAACGGUGCACCUCCUCCGGCCGCAAUUGCACCACCAUUCGCGUUGACCAAGAUCCCCAUCGUACGCAAGGCUAUCUCGUUAGGGGCUCUGCUGAGGAAUCAAACCGCUUAACAGUCUCCUUCUUAUUGAAUUUUACGGAUCCCAACGUACAUUCUACAAUGGACUCCUUGAAUGUCUCGGGCGCUGAUACUACAUUCCCCUUCCAACGCCCAAGCUGGUGGAACCGCGCUCAAAGGGAGACGGACUUCCCGAGUACACAACCCUCAGAAGCAGAUUUCAGCCUCCUUCUUUGGGGAAUUCCAGAUCCGUUUAAUAAUCUCACGAUAGAAACGGAGACCGCUGCGGAAGAAGAGUACUGGAAUCUCGGCCUGCCACCAUACCCCGUCCAUGCUGAGAACGGCCAACUCCAGGAUCGGGUGAGGUUACUUGUAUCCGAGCUGCAACAGAUAAACCCCGAAAUCGAGUAUGGAGACCUUCUAACGGGUCCAAACUUUCUGACCAAUAUCCUCGCCUUCUUUCGUCAACGACACUCACAGGUACCGCCUACUAUCCAUUGGCCGACAUUCGAUCCAGAGACCAUCUCACUUCACCUCUUGCUGGCCGUUGCAUUGGGCGGUGCCACACUCACAUAUCCUCGAGAUGACAUUACUAGUCUCCGAAAAUUAGAGGCACUAUGUGAGACGGCGGAAAGCUUCAUCUUCAACAAUCUAGACACCGUUGAUACGGUAAUCGAAUGUGAGGGUGAAGAAAUCAGUGACGCUACUAUUGAAGCAUGCCAGGCUGCGCUCUUGAUCGAAGUGGUCCAAGUCAGUUUCAACAGCUAUAAAACACGACGAAGGAUCCUCUUCCAACGCCAUACAUACCUCGUCGCGGUUAUGAGGAGCCUCCGGCUAUUUUCAAGCACACACACACAUGGCGAUGGGAGUGAAACUUGGGCGGAGUUCAUCCGGGCUGAGUUACUUAUCCGGUUGGCUGCUGGCGCCUUUUUUAACGACGCAAUGUUUGUCUUGUACUUUAACCACCCCCCGUGCGCUACAGUCUCUGAGAUGACGGGGGAUCUGACUUGUGACGACAAUCUUUGGGAUGCUGAGACGGAGAAAGAAUUCGCAGCUCAGUGGGCUUUGCAUGCAUCAACCAGGCGCCCUCCACGACUUCGAGAUCUGAUUUCUCGUAUGUUGGCAGAGGAGUGGAUUGAGGCGAGGGGGGUUUUCCAAGACUUGAACAUUCAUGAUUUACAUCUCGUUCUCUGGGCUCUACAGCCGACCAUUUUCAAUCUUCGAGCAGCAUUGUCAGUGGCUUCCUGUUUCUCCAUGGCAUCACGGGCCCUAGAGCGAUGGAAGAUUCUGUGGCAAAAUGCAAUGGAAAGGCAUAGGGAAUCUCAGGGGAAAAGCGAAGGCAUUAUACAGUAUGCGUCCGGUGUGGCCUGGCUGACGUGCAAGAUUCUGGAGGCGGAAUGCAACGCCGGGGCACAGGGAUCGCCCUAUUUCCGUCAAAUUGGUCGGCACAACGCUGCAGACCUUCACCAGUUAAUUAAAGAGUAUCAAUAAUUUAUAUUGAAUCAACAGGAACUUUGAAUCCCAUCAUCAUGGCGCCAGAUAUCGCGGGGAUCGUUGGGCUCAUGCUCCUCCAUCUUGGUCGUUUAAUCAAAGACUAAGGCGUUUUCCGGGUUGACGUCUCCGUGGAUAAUUCAGC